GAUAUGAUAUAGCAACAGAACAGCGAUUCAAUAUGCAAUGAUUGAUCCUUAAAAGCAGAAACAGAAGCUUUUCAUCUCGUUCUGUGUCCCAAACACUGAGAGCUUCGAUUGGUGAUGAUGGCUUCUUCUUUGGUUGGUCCACUUCAACUUGCUUCGCAGAAUGGUUACAGGGUGUGGGAGGAUCCUUCUUUCAUCAAGUGGAGGAAAAGGGACCCACAUGUUACCUUGCACUGCCAUGAUUCUAUUGAAGGUAAACCCAGAAUCAUACACCCAUGGGUAGGAUCUCUUAAAUAUUGGUAUCAACGCAGCAAAGUGGAUUUUCUGGUUUCCCAGUCUGCUGUUUGGAAUGAUGAUGCUCUUGAUGGAGCUCUUGAUAGUGCUGCAUUUUGGGUCAAAGACUUGCCUUUUGUUAAGUCCUUGUCUGGAUAUUGGAGAUUUUUCUUUGCUACCAAUCCUAACAGUGUCCCUACUAAGUUUUGUGAUAGUGAGUUCCAGGAUUCAGAUUGGAAAACUUUGCCUGUUCCUUCAAAUUGGCAGUUGCAUGGAUUUGACCGUCCUAUAUAUACGAAUAUUACGUAUCCAUUUCCACUAGAUCCUCCGUCGGUUCCUAUGGAAAAUCCUACCGGCUGCUACAGAAUGUACUUCCACAUUCCUAAAGAAUGGGAGGGUAGAAGAAUUUUGUUGCAUUUUGAAGCUGUUGAUUCUGCCUUUUGUGCAUGGAUAAACGGGCAUCCUAUUGGAUAUAGCCAAGACAGCAGGCUACCUGCAGAGUUUGAAAUCACUGAUUUUUGUCAUCCAUGUGGUUCAGACCUUAAGAAUGUUCUAGCUGUUCAAGUGUUUAGAUGGAGUGAUGGCUCUUACCUUGAAGAUCAGGACCAUUGGCGGUUAUCUGGCAUCCACCGUGAUGUUCUUCUCUUAGCCAAACCGAAGGUAUUUAUCACUGACUAUUUUUUCAGAUCAAACCUUGCUGAAGAUUUUUCUUACGCAGAGAUACGGGUUGAAGUAAAAAUAGAUAACUUACUAGAGACAUCCAAGGAUAGUGUUCUUUCAAACUACACUAUUGAAGCUACACUAUAUGAUUCUGGAAGCUGGGACACCUCUGAUGGGAAUCCUGAUCUCCUUUCAUCUAAUGUAGCAGACAUAAAGUUCCAACCAUCUGAUGCACCGUUAGGGUUUUAUGGUUAUUUGCUCGUGGGGAAGCUGCAAUCACCGAAGCUUUGGUCUGCAGAGAAACCUAACCUUUAUACCCUAGUUGUCAUCCUCAAAGACCAAUCUGGCCGUAUUGUUGAUUGUGAAUCAUGUCCAGUGGGAUUUAGAAAAGUAUCUAAAGCCCACAAACAGUUGCUUGUUAAUGGACAAGCAGUUGUUAUAAGAGGUGUGAACAGGCAUGAACAUCAUCCACGAGUGGGGAAGGCAAACAUAGAAUCCUGCAUGGUCAAGGAUUUGGUCUUAAUGAAACAAAACAAUAUUAAUGCUGUGAGGAACAGCCAUUAUCCUCAACAUCCGCGUUGGUAUGAGCUAUGUGAUCUAUUUGGCAUGUACAUGAUAGAUGAAGCUAAUAUUGAGACGCACGGUUUUGAUUAUUCUAAACAUCUCAAGCAUCCUACUUUGGAACCAAUUUGGGCAACUGCAAUGCUGGAUCGUGUGAUCAGCAUGGUUGAGAGAGACAAAAAUCACACAUGUAUUAUUUCCUGGUCUUUAGGGAAUGAAUCUGGAUUUGGACCAAAUCAUUUUGCUUUAGCUGGUUGGAUUCGAGGAAGAGAUUCAACACGGGUAUUACAUUAUGAAGGAGGUGGAUCCAGAACUCCAUGCACUGAUAUUGUGUGCCCCAUGUAUAUGCGUGUUUGGGACAUGGUGAAAAUUGCAAAUGAUCCAACUGAAAUACGUCCUCUGAUACUGUGCGAGUAUUCACAUGCAAUGGGAAACAGCAAUGGGAACCUCCAUAUAUAUUGGGAAGCAAUUGACAGCACAUUUGGACUCCAAGGAGGCUUUAUUUGGGAUUGGGUUGAUCAGGGCCUGUUGAAGAUUCAUGUAGAUGGUAAAAAGCAUUGGGCAUAUGGAGGUGACUAUGGGGAUUUUCCCAAUGACUUGAAUUUCUGUUUAAAUGGCCUCAUAUGGCCUGAUCGAACUCCUCAUCCUGCUUUACACGAAGUCAAGUACCUAUACCAACCAAUCAAGGUGACUUUACAUGAAGGGAAAUUGGAGAUAAAAAAUACUCAUUUUUUUCAAACAACAGAAGGAUUGGAGUUCAGCUGGUAUAUUUCUGCUGAUGGAUACAGCCUUGGAUCUGGUAUUUUGAGUCUUGCCCCAAUAAAGCCCCAGAGCAGUUAUGCUGUUGAUUGGAAGUCAGGUCCAUGGUAUUCUCUAUGGGCUUCAUCAUCGUCAGAAGAAGUAUUCCUGACUAUAAUUGUUAAGCUUUUGAACUCCACGCCUUGGGUUGAAGCUGGUCAUAUUGUUUCAUCAACCCAAUUCCAACUGCCUGCCAGGAGAGACAUUGUUCCUCAUGCUGUCAAUAUUAGAGGUGGCACUCUAGUCACAGAAACACUAGGAGAUGCAAUCAAAGUCAGCCAGCAAGAUGUUUGGGACAUAACAUUGAACAUUAAAACAGGUUUAGUUGAAAGCUGGAAGGUUAAAGGAGUACAAGUUAUCAGUAAGGGCAUACUCCCAUGUUUCUGGCGAGCUCCUACUGAUAACGAUAAAGGGGGCGGACUAGAUAGUUAUUUGUCCAAAUGGAAAGCUGCUGGAAUUGAUAAUAUCCACUUUAUUACUGAAAGCUGUUCUGUACAGAAUAUGACAGAGAACUUGGUUAAAAUAUUGGUGGUUUUUCUUGGUGUUACCAAGGGUGAGGAGGGUUCUGUCUCUAAGCAAGCCAAGUCAAAGGUUUUAUUUACCACAGACAUGACAUAUACAAUUUAUGCUUCUGGGGAUGUCAUUAUGGAAUGCAAUGUGAAACCAAACCCUGAUCUUCCUCCUUUUCCACGUGUGGGGAUUGAGUUCGAGGUGGAGAAAUCAUUGGAUCAAGUUAUUUGGUAUGGAAGAGGUCCAUUUGAGUGUUAUCCAGAUCGAAAGGCUGCUGCCCAGGUUGCGGUAUAUGAACAGAAUGUUAAAGACUUGCAUGUUCCUUAUAUUGUUCCUGGGGAAUGUUCAGGGAGAGCAGAUAUUAGAUGGGCGACAUUCAGAAAUAAAAAUGGUUUUGGAAUAUAUGCUUCUAAGUACGGUAGCUCUCCACCCAUGCAAAUGAGUGCAAGCUACUAUAGCACUUCAGAACUUGACCGGGCCACACACAAUUAUGAGCUCAUUGAAGGAGAUACAAUUGAGAUUCAUCUGGACCACAAGCAUAUGGGAUUGGGUGGAGAUGAUAGUUGGAGCCCAUGUGUCCACGACCAGUAUUUGGUUCCUGCUGUGCCAUACUCUUUCUCUGUAAGGUUGUGUCCAGUAACUCCACCCACUUCUGGUUAUGACAUCUACAAAUCCCAGUUUCAAAAUUCCUGAUUUCUUGGACCAUAUGACUUGAUCCAAGAAACUUCAUGUAGAAGAAGAGCAAAGACUAUUAUGUUUAUGAAGGACUAUAAAUAAACUUUAAAGCUCUUGAUGUAAGGAAGAAACUUUGUCAUUUAAUCUGUUUAGUUCAUUAGUUGGUACCUUGAUGUAAUGUGGAAGGCGAAUAAUCUUAGUACACAUUUGUUCCAUCGGAAUAAAAUGACAAUUACACAUCUGGGUUAAUAAAUGUGCUGUAAUUGUGAU